ACACACACACACACACAGAGAGAGAGAGCAGUGCACCAUAAAAGGGCUGCGGCUGGAGCUCUGCUGGUCAAACACACACUCAACACACAGACUAAUGGAGCAGGGCUGUGUGUGAGCUCGUCAUGUCCAGGGGCGCCGGGCCCUCAGGGGCCGCCCGCCUGCAGGAUCUGGAGCCCGGCGCUGGGGGUCCGGCCGAGGGUCCGGUGGGCCUGCAGACGCUGCUGGAUCUGCUGGUGGGAGUUUAUCAGGAGUUCUGCUCGUCGCCGCUACGCAGAGAGAAACACGUGCAGAGAUUCCUGCAGUGGGCGGAGCCUCUGGUCAGACAGGUGAAGAAGACCCGAAUCAGCAGAGAGGAUUUCCACAUCCUGAAGGUCAUUGGCAGAGGGACGUUCAGCGAGGUGGCUCUGGCGCGCAUGCGUAACACACAGCAGGUUUAUGCGGUGAAGAUUAUGAAUAAAUGGGACAUGCUUAAGCGUGGAGAGACAGCGUGUUAUCAGGAGGAGCGAGAGGUUCUGCUGAAGGGAGACAGAAGGUGGAUCACAGAGCUGCACUACGCCUUCCAGGAUGAUGAUUACCUGUAUCUGGUCAUGCAUUAUUAUGUUGGCGGUGACCUUCUGACGCUGCUGAGUAAGUUUAAUGAUGGUCUGCCGGAGGAGAUGGCACAGUUUUACCUGGCAGAGAUGGUGAUGGCCAUCGACUCCGUGCACCGACUGGGAUACGUGCACAGAGAUAUUAAACCUGACAAUAUCUUGCUGACAGCAGACGGUCAUGCACGGCUUGGGGAUUUCGGCUCAUGUCUCCGGCUGGAAGAUGAUGGACUGGUGCACUCGGCGGUGGCCGUCGGGACUCCAGAUUAUCUGUCUCCAGAACUCCUGCGGGCGGUGGAGGCUGGUGGGGGAUACGGAUCUGACUGCGACUGGUGGGCUCUGGGUGUAUGCGCAUAUGAGAUGCUUCUGGGAACCACACCGUUUUACGCAGAGUCCAUCUCGGAGACCUACGCCAAAAUCAUACACUUCAAGGAUUAUUUUGAGUUCCCAGCCAGUGGUGUGCAGAUGUCUGAGCCGGCGCGUGCUCUGGUCUGCAGUCUGCUGUGUGAGCGCUCUGAGCGUCUGGGUUCUGGAGGAUCUGCAGACUUCAGGAAUCAUCCAUUCUUCAGUGGUCUGGACUGGAGCUCUCUGCAUCUGCUGCCUCCGCCGUACCAUCCUGACGUCUCCAACGCCACAGACACUUCCAACUUCGACGUGCUGGACGACUGCCUCAGUGAAACGGAGACUCUCUCUGAUGUGAUGGAGCGAGCACCGGUUGGGGUUCACCUGGCAUUUGUGGGAUACUCAUACACUGCCACCAGAGAGACGGGUGCGCUGGACCGCAGCAGGGACAUCAUGAUGGAGAUCGAUCAGCCACAGGACACAGACUCUCUCCGCCUGCAGGACAAACUGAAUCAGGUGUGGCAGCUCAGAGAAACCAUCACCGCUGAAGUGUUGAGCACUCCAGAAUCUCCUGCUGAGAAAAACAACCCAGAGCGAGUGGACAGAAGCACAGAGACGGAGCAGAGCGACACACACGUGCAGGAGCUGCAGAGGCAUCUCCAUAAGGCUGAGAGGAGGAACCGAGAGUUGGAGCAGGAGAUGGCAGGCCUGAGAGAGCAGAUCCUCCGACUGAGCACUGUCAGAAACACAGUCACAGAGCUCUGUGUGUGUCCACCAGUGCGCGCUCUGGCCGUUUGCCCUCUGGACUCUGCCCAGGACAGCUCAGUGACGCCCCCUGCCUGUCAUUAUCCGCUAGUGACGCCACUGCACCGCCACCUGCUGCUGUUCAACCGGGUACGGGUGCCGCAGGUGAGCAGUGAGUCGUAUCUGCUGGUGUGUGCUGUAGGGCAGGAGCUGCAGCUGUGGGAGCGUCACCUCAACACUGAUCUCUGCUGAACAUCUGCAAACAAACACUACACACACACUACAGCAGCAGAGGACACACUUCUGUUCAUCCAUUCAUCUGUGUUUCUGCUCAUCUGUUUAUCAGCUCUUCAGCUCCACAGACCUCCAGCAUCACGCAGGCAUCCUUCAGAGUGUUUAAAACCAGGAACAUCCAUUCACAUGAACUUCUAUUGUAGUGAAUUUAUCCCAUGAAAUUUCACAGACAAUACAAGCAUGCACCGUUUGUAUUUGAUAAUAUCACAGUGCCUUCUUAAUUGGUAUUUAAUAAGCUGGAGAACUGCUGAGAAAAUCAACCCGGGCUGAUUAUGGAUACGUACCUCUAUAUACAUUUCUGGAGUACAUCAAAUAUGUCCCAGGAGGUAUGGUUUUGUGCAGUUUUUGUUUUCACGAAUCCACCAGAGGCCACUGUGUGCGCUUUUACAGAUCUCAAAUUUCUCUAGCUAGCGCCAUUUACACCUGCUCUUCUCGCAUAAAUCCACAGAGGCCGCUACUGACUGAUUUUUAUGAAGUUUUCAGAUUUUACCACAUUCUCACGCUGAUAAUUACUUGAUUAUUUUAUUUUUGCCUUUUUUUUUAACCUGCUUUCUGGAACCAUUUUUUGCUGGACUUGAACCCCGUCAUUGCCAUCAACUCUUCUCUGCAUCUCAAGUCCACUCACGUACGUGGUGAGCUACUGGACAACCUGGUAACAGCGUAAAAAGACGUCCAGAUGGAGGUAAGCAGUCAGCUGGUACCGCCAAAGAAACCGAAGUCAUCGGCGGUGUCAUACCGCCACAUGGGGUUCGUUUUAAAGACAAAAUGUAGCCAUACGUAACUCUGGAUACAUAAUUCAUGCUCUCCAGAAAUGUAUGCAGGAGUAGAUUUUCAGAAUGAUAACAUAUUGUCUUGUUUUCAGAAAUAUUGAGUCAAACUUAAGUGACUUUUUCCUUAAAUCAAGCACAAUAAUCUGCCAAUUUGGUCAUUCCAAAGUGAAAAUAAGGGUGCUUUCACACCUAGACUUUUGUUUCGGAACCUGGCGCGUUUCCCUAGUUAGCGCGGUUUGUUUGGUAUAUGUGAAUCCAGCGAUUGCGCUCGGAUCCGCGCCAAAUGAAUCAAUCGGCUUGAUUUAAACGAACUCGGGAGUGGAUCGAUUGUAGUGAGAAAGCAAUACAAUCCGAACCAGGCUAUAUCACAGCGUAUUAUGGACAUGUAAUCGGCAUAUAUACGGCUAUAUGAAGAGAGAAUUAUGAGGAGGGCGGGAUGUCAUUCCUACCGGUAAAUGUGUUCAUGUUAAAUAUGAAAGUGAAAGCAUGCUGAACUAUUAACGAGAGCUGUUUAUCAGUCUUGGUGUAUCUGUUAUUUCUCUCACUAUAAUGUAAAGCCUAUAAUGCAUAAGCCAACUGCUAUGUAUGAGAAAGUCUUACCUCUGAUUUAUACCUGGUGAUGAUGUCUGUGGGUGUCACCAUUCCAUUCACCAAACAAUUCUAAUCCCUGUUUUGGAACAAGAGAAUCGAUCCACAGGUGUGAAAGCACCCUAAGAUUAUUCUGCUUCCCCCAUGGUCAGACAAUUUUGCUUGUUUUAAGGAAAAUCUCACUUAAUUUUGGCUCAAUAUUUUUUAAAACAAGACAAUAUUGUUUGCUUGUCUAGAAAAUGCUUCUUGAUUUGAGAAUUUGUAGAUAUUUGGACUAGAAACAAGACAAAAAUCUGUCAGUGAGCUCAGUUAUCUUGUUAUUCAAGCACUUAUUGGCUGUUUGAAAAUGUAAGCAUAAUUAACGGAUGUGAAUUUCUUUAGGAUUUAAUAGAAAGUAAUAAUUAUGAAUGUAAAAAAAGAAAAUAUUAAUUUAAAAAUGAUAAAAUACACAUUUAUACAUGACAGUAUUUUAUAUAGUCUCAUUAUGACACCAGAAAUGUGUCUGUUAGUCUGAGCAACCUAAAUCUAAAAGGAUCUGUGCAUUAGAAUAUUUUCAUUCAAUAUUUUCAUCAGAUUUUCUAAAGAAUGCAUGUGAAUUAUGAAUAAGUUUCUCAUUAAUACAUGCUUAUUGCAGUGGUGGGAAUCUGAAUUGGGGCAGUCAGGUUAUUGCAAUGUCUGGAUGCAGCCUUGAUGAUGUAAGCUGAGAUUAAUGUUAGAUUAAUGUCAAUUAUGUCAGACACAAUGCACUCAAUGGAGCUGGUGACGUCACUGUGAGGGGUGGGGUUAGGUGGGGCAUUAAAAGCAUUGCAUGCAGCUCAUGCACACCAGGUCUGCAUCCAGACCCCUCUCGAUUAUUGUCUUAAACUGAGGUUGUGUCUCAAUCAGCUCCCUUGUUCACUAGUCAGUGCACUGGUUCUCAAUUGCAAAAAUUCUUUCAGAGCAUUUUAAUUUUCCCCGUUCAUUUCUGCUUUUGAAUUGCAUUAUGGGAUGUUGAUCUUUCAUCCAACAAUCUUUAACCUUGAAAAGUGUGAAAUGACCAUUUCUGAUAGUCUAAAAUAACUUAUUGUCUUGGUUGGUGUGCAGUAUAUUACACUACAAAAGCCUUUUUUACAGACUUAUUUCUCUAGAUAUCAUUCAUUUUCUUUUUGGCUCAGUCCUUUUAGUAAUCUGUCGUCGCCACAGCAGAAUGAACCACCAACUAUUCCAGUAUAUGUUUUACACAUCGGAUGCCCUUCCAGCUGCAACCCACCACUGGGAAACACCCAUACACUCUCAUUCACACACGUACACUACGGCCACUUUAGUUGUUUGGACUGUGGGGGAAACCGGAGCACCCGGAGGAAACCCACGCCAACACGGGAAGAACAUGCAAACUCCACACAGAAACACCAACUGACUCAGUCAGGCCUCAAACCAGCGGCCUUCUUGCUGUAAGGCCACACCCACUGUGCCACUGUGAUGCCCCAUGUUUGAUAAUGAAUGAAUUAUUUAACACUUUCAGCAAAAUGUAACUGACUCUGUAAGAAUAUUAAUUAAAAGUGCAACUUGACCAAUCAUGAUGAC